AUUUUUAUAUUAUUUUUAUGAAUUUUAGUAUUCUAGAAGUCUAAAAAAUUAUAAAGCUGAACAACCAUAUCAGCAUGCAGUUUAUUACCUUGCUGUAUUAUUAUCAGAACAAAUUUGGAUGAAGGAUGAAUUAUUAAAUGCCUUGUCUUACUUAACUGUUGAAAAAGUUGAAAAUUUUAUUCCACAAUUUUUGAGUAAAAUACAUAUGGAAUGUUUAAUACAUGGUAACAUGACAAUGUCAGAAGCUAUAGAAACAGCAAGACUGAUAGAAUCAAAAUUAUCAAAUGCAAUUCCUCAUAUAAUUCCACUUUUAUCUAGACAAUUAAUUUUACAUCGUGAAAUCAAAUUAGAAGAUGGUUGUCAUUUUUUAUUUGAAGUGCAAACUAAAUAUCAUAGCAGUUCAUGUACACAAAUUUACUGCCAAACUGGUUUACAAUCAACAGAAUCAAAUAUGUUACUAGAACUUUUAGCACAGAUUUUAUCAGAACCUUGUUUUACUACACUAAGAACUAAAGAACAAUUGGGAUAUAUAGUAUUUAGUGGAGUACGAAGAACAAAUGGUGCACAAGGUUUAAGAAUUAUAGUUCAAAGUGAUAGACAUCCUAAAUAUGUUGAACAAAGAAUUCAUACAUUUUUAAAUUCUAUGCUGCAAAAUAUUUCAUCUAUGACAGAAGAAGAAUUUAAUGCACAUAAAGAAUCAUUAGCAAUACGACGACUUGAAAAACCUAAACAAAUGACCACUUUAUCUUCGAUAUUUUGGAAUGAAAUUGUAUCACAACAAUAUAAUUUUGAUCGAGCAAAUAUUGAAGUUGCAUAUUUAAGAACUAUAACAAAAGAACAAAUAUUAGAAUUUUAUAAAAACAUACUUCGAAAUGAUAUUCAACGUAAAUUAUCAGUACACGUAAUUUCUACAUUAAAAGAUCAAAAUUCAAACAAUGAAAAAGCAGUGGAAUCGAAUAAAAAUACUGAACAAUCAAAUGAAAUAAAUAAUACUAUUGAAUAUAAAAAAAUUGAUGAUAUUUUGUCUUUUAAAAUUAGUCAGAAUUUAUAUUCAUUGCCAAAACCAUUUACUGAUGUACCAAGGAAGGGAGUACAUUCGUCAAAAUUAUGACCAGCUUAAUAAUAAUUGUGAAUAUGUGUUUUAAUCAUGUCAUUCUAUCAGCAGAUUGUAGUGAAUAUCAAGUAAAUAAAUAAUUCUAACAUGCUCUGUUACAUAAAUAAAAUUGUUUAAAAUAUUAAACAAUUUUUUGAAAAUAUUAAUUUUAUAAAUAUUAAUAAAUAGAAAAAUAAAAAAAGUAAUAAGUACAUUAAAUGGAAAUGUUAAAUAUAAUAAUAAAAAAUAUGUCAAACAUAUAUUGAAGUUACAUAUAUAUUUUAUUUAUUUCUAUAUAAAUCUAUAAAUAAAUAUAUUAUCAAUAAUA